AUGGGAGGUUCAUGGAAAGAUAAAGCUUCUUCAUAUAUUAUUCAAGAUUCAUUAAUUAGUAGUUCACAAGUUAAAUCUCUGUCCAAUAGUGCCAUAGAAAGUUGUUUAAAAAAUUUAGGAUAUAUAAGUUACUUUUCAAAUUCUAUAAAUGAAAUGUUAAGUAAAUGUGAUAGUAGAUAUAUAAUAUCAAUAUUAUAUUUAGUUGAUGGUAUAUUUAGAGUAUUAAAUAAAAAUUAUGGUGAAGAGAAUAAAAAGAAAGAACCAUUAUUUUCACAAUUAAAUGAAUCAUUCUCUUUAAUGUUACAACAAAAUGAAAAGAAGAUUCUAGGCUCAACACCAGAAAAAGAUUGUAUAAAAUUAAUUAAACUACUUCAAAUUUGGUUAAAACGUAAUGAUUUAGAUCAACAUUUAUUAAAGAAAUGGGUUUUUAGAAUUUCAACAGAUUUAAAUAUUGAUAUAGAUAAUUUAGAUUCAUACCAAACUAAUAAUAAUAAUAAUAUAAAUGAAAACAAUACAACUAUAUCAUCAUCAUCAACAUUUGUAAAUAAAAAGAGAACAUUAGAUAGUAAUUUUGAUAUUGAUGAUAUACUUGAGCCAUCAUCAUUUAAACAUCAAAAAGUAGAUAAUAGUAUUGGUAUAAACAGUAUUAAUAAUAGUAAUAAACUAUUACAACAACAACAACAAUUAAAUCAAUUAUUAAAAGAGAAUUUAAUAUAUGGAUUACCAAUGGAGAUGUUAUUUGAAAUUUUAUCGAAUUUAUCAGUUGUAGAUUUAGUUAAAGUUUCAAAAGUUAGUAAAUUCUUUUAUAGUGUUGUAAAUAAUUUACCAAGUUGUACGAGUAUAUCAUUUGAAAAUAUGAUUUUACCAUCAAUUGAUAUGCAAAGAUCAUUGAUUCAAUUUAAUUUAGUUGUAAAUGUAAAUCUAUCCUUUAGUAGAUUCGUUACAAAUGAUGUUAUAAUCACAUUAGCAAAACAUUGUAAACAUUUGGAAUCUUUAAAUGUUAAUGGUUGUUUACAAUUGGAUUUAACCUCGAUGAUUCAAUUAUUAAGACAUUCAAGAAAUUUAAAAUCUUUAAAAAUGUCUCAAGUCGUUUGUGAUGGUGUUAUGGAAUUAUCAAAUAAAUUAAAAAACACAUCACAAAAUUCAAAUACUACUACAACAACAACCACUACCACAACAGCAUCAAAUACAAAACAUAAAAAACAACCAAUACCAUUUGGUAGAUUAGGAAGAUAUCCAAAUAAAAGAGCGAGAGCAAGAGAAAGAAAAGCAAGAUUAAAACAAAAACACCAACAACAACAACAACAAGCUAAAACAAGAAGAAUAAAAGAUAAAACCAAAGAGGUAUUAUUAGCUAAAGUUUUCUUUGAUUUAUUAUUUAAUAUUAAGAAUGGUAUUAUUGAUGAUUCUGAUGAUAUUGAUGAUGAUAAUAAUAAUAUAAAUAAUAAUAAUGAAAAUAAAAAAAAAGUCACUAAAAAGAAAAAGAAAAAAGAAGUCAAGGGCAAUGCUAGUGGUGAAUUAGAUCAAGAAUUUAUAGAUUUAGUAAGUGAUUGUGAAAUGCGUGAACAUGAUGAAAAUGAACAGAAACAUAUAGAUAUAGAAAAUAAUUGUAAUAAUAAUAAUAAUAAUAAUAAUAGUAAUAAUAAUAGUGAUGAUAGUAAUGAAGAAGAAGAUUAUGAAACUAGUGAAGAAGAAGAAGAAGAAGAUAAUGAAGAUGGACAUGGCUUUAAUUAUGAUGAUUAUAGUUAUCACUAUGAUUAUGAUUAUGAUGACGAUGAUGAUGAAUAUAGAAUUGGGAGAGGAGGAGGAGGAGGAGGAGGAGAUGGAGGAGAAAAAGCAGUAGGAGAAGGAGGAGGAUACAGUAAUUCUCCUGUUAAUAAUAAAAAAAUUAGAUUAAGAGAAUUAGAUAUUAGUUGUUGUCAUCCAUUAAUAUUUUUAAUACUUCAAAAUUAUAACAAACCAUUAUCAACAAGUUUAGUUAAAUUAAAUAUUGAUUGUAUGUGUGCUUCAAUUGAAAUUGGUGGUUAUGCCGCUGGUAUUAAUAAUAUUUUUAGCAAUUUUCCAUUCCUAUCAAAAUUAAAUUCAUUAUUUAAUCCUAUAAUACAUAAUAAUAAUAGUAAUACAACAACAACAACAACCACCACAUCAGCUACAAAUACUAAUGAAUCAUCGUUAACGAAUAAUAUUCAAAUGGUACCAAAUAAUUUUAAAAUUAUUGUAAAAUCAGAUUCAAUUUGGAGACGAUUAAUUUUUAAUGAUUCAAAUGGUUUCGAAAAAUUGAUAUUACAAAAACAAUCACAAUAUCUACAACAACCAAAUUCAGAAUAUUCAAUUAAAAAAUUUAGGAAAUAUGUUAAUAAACGUUAUUUAUUUGGUACAACUUCAAUUUAUAUGGCUUGUAAAUAUGGAAAUUUUAAAGCAAUUGAUACUUUAAUGUCAUUAAAUUCAAAUAAUAACAAUAGUAAUAAUAAUUAUAGUAAUAAUAAUAAUAAUAAUAGUAAUAAUAAUAAUAAUAAUCAUAAUAACAAUAAUAAUAAUAAUAAUAAUAAUAACAAUAAUAAUAAUGAUAAUAGUAACAAUAAUAAUAAUAAUAAUAAUAAUAAUAAUAAUAAUAAUAAUAAUAAUAAUAAAAGAGUUGUAAAUAUUAAUAUACCAGAUUAUUAUGGUAUAACACCAUUAUUAGUUUCAAAUAAUAUUUUCAUUGUAAAGAAAUUAGUUGAUGAAUAUGGUGUUGUUGCAUCAAGUGAAUUUGAAGAAUUAUUUAUAAAGGUUUGUUUAAUAUUAAAUAAAUAUCAUUCAUUCUUAAUUGAAGAAUCACAAGCUAGACCUGAUUCACCAACAAAUGAAGAGUUUGAUCAAUUGUUAACCAUGCUUUUAAAAACACCACCUCUAAUUACAAAUCAAGAAAUUUAUCGUCAAAAUAAUAUCUUAUUGGUAAAGUUUGUAAAAAAUUUUAAAUUCUUUCAAGACUAUGUCAAAAGUUCUCAUAAUAUUACAAAACGUGCAUUGCUAUUAUCUCAAACAUUACGUGAUGAUUCAAUUUAUGAAAAAACUGAUCUUUCAAAUAUGAGUAAAGAAUAUGAAAAAAGAAUUUUAAUGGUUUUAUAUCAUGGUUAA